AGAAAUGUCAGUUGGCGAUGCAAGUACCGUACGCGUAUAGAUUAUAGCAAUGUCAAACACCGAGGAGCAAACGGAAAGAUGGCGGUCGAGCCGUAAUUUUGCGAUGCAUGGGAUAUAGUUUAUAAAUGGGGUGUCUCGCGUUCCCAAGGGAUUUAUCGAAGUCAUAAUAUUAUUGUGCGAUGUGACUACGCUGAUUACGACUGCCUCUUGAAGCAAACCGUGUCAAGAACGAAAGAACAACGUAAGAGAGGGAGAAGAAGGGGAGAGAAAGAGAACGGACAUCCACUUUAUACGUAACGAGUGUUGAAGCGGUUCAUUGCUCCGCUCUAACUUGUCGUCAAGAUGGAUUGGGACUCGAUCACGAUGGCGAACCUUCACUUGACGAUGACCGAGCACCAGUAUUACGAAGACAUUUUUAGUUAUUGUUGCGAAAACACUGACAGCGAGAGUGUGCCGGUGAUCCGAGUCGCUGAGCUGCUACGCUGGGCAAAUUUGCCAGGACUUGUCACGAUGAUGAUAUUGGACAUUUGCUUUGGAACUGAAGCAGCGUGCAUCGCAACACAUCUUGGAAAGAAACAAUUUUAUGGGCUAUUAAAACUUGUGGCAGCUCAUCAGUCAGGACUUACUAUUCGUAAAGACUUAAUUACUAUGCCUUUGGAUGUAAUAACUCUGCCAAAAUUUAGUUGGCCAACAUCGGGAGAUGAAGAUGACAGAAGGAGUUCUGAUUCAAAUAGGGCUGUGAAAGGUCGACAUCAUGCUCCUGAAAGUACUACAGAAAGUGAAAGCGAAGCAGAAUCUCCAAGGGAAACUGGUGGUAGUACAGAUUCACCAACACCAACAAAUAGUGUAAUACAAGAAAGAAAUAAUGAUAUAGGUGGUGAAACGAUAUUAGACUCCGUAUCUGGAGGUUGGCAAGGUAUAUCUGAAGAAUUAAGGCAAUUAUUAGGAACAGAAGAAGAAAGUUCAGAACGUCAUAGUAGUGAUGAAGGUGAUGGUGAUGGUGAUGGUGAUUGCUCAGGAUUUCCACCAGAAGUAUGGAUAAUUACUGAUGAACAACGUGACUACUACACAACCCAGUUUUCACAGCUACAAUUAGAUCAGGAUCGACUCUUGCACGGUCAUAUAGCUAAAACAUUUUUUCAAAAAUCUGGCCUUCCUUUUCAAGAACUUAGUCACAUUUGGCGGUUAGCGGAUAUAACCAGAGAUGGGGCAUUGAGUUUAGAAGAAUUCCUUGUAGCUAUGCAUUUGGUUGUGUUACGAAGAAAUCAUGUGCCUCUACCUGAUGUAUUACCUUCACCUUUAUUAAAUCCAUUGCGUAGGCAGAAGACUGAAAGACCGCCUAUUCCAUCAAAUACAACUGCUCAGAAAACUCCACCUAACACAACUACUAGUACUUGUGAAAAAAACAAAGAAUGGACAAAAUUUGUAGAUUCGCCAACUGGAAAUAGUAGUUCCCUUGCUAUUCCAAGUUUGCAAUUAGUAAAUUUUGAUUUUCAAAAGUCCGAUGUUGAAAAAGAUCCCAAAAUUUUACAUCCUGUACCAUUACGCUUAACACCUGAGGCAGCUAUCCUUGCUUCUGGAGCAAAUGGUAAUAGUAAUAGUUGCACUACAUUAGGAGACGAUGAUCUCCAACAUACUGCUACAGCAUUGCUCCAGCGACCUUUAAUAAAAAAGCCACCUGCCCCUCCUGAAGAAGGGAUCAUUGUAACUCCAAAGAAGGAACCGCCACCUCCACCACCACCGAGACCAUAUAGAACACACACGAGAAGCUCUAGUCUUGAUCUUAAUAAAUUAGGGAAAAAUGGUCAAAGUUUUCUUGGAGCACCUCCAUUAAUACCACCUAGAAUCUCACCUGGCAUUACUUCACCUCGAAAGUUGGUUGGGCAAAAAAGUGAGGGAGAGGGACAAAAAACUUUAAGUGAUAAUCAAAAUUUUGUCGCUGAUUUUUCUCACUUUUCUCCAAAGAGCGAACUACCUGAAAAUCCACCUUUGGAAACCAUUACUCCUCAACCACAACAAUUUACUGGUGUUUGUGGUGCAUUCCAUAUUUAUAGAAAACCCAGUCCCAAACGAGAAGGAGGUGAAGAGGACGCUCCCAAGGACGAGGUAGAAGAAUCAAAAAGAUUAACGUUACAAGAAUUGCGAGAAAAGAACGCAGAGUUACGAUUAGUUUGUGAAGAGUUAACACGAGAAUUAGCUAGCGCACUCCAGGAACGUAUAAACCUUCGUGCAAAACUUUUACUUUUAACAUGAUGGAAUAUGUUACCAUUUGUGAACGCUCCAACCUGUGAGAUGUCGAUUUUUCCCAAAUUCACCGUAAACUCAUGUAUUUGAUACAUCAUUCUAGUCUAGAAAUUUUUCCUUUUUCAAUGAAGUCUCGUGUAUUCAUAAUCAUUAGCGUAACCAAACGUUAAAAUUGCGAAAUGAAUAUCAAUAGAAAUAUGAAUUCUAUGAAGAGAGUUAGCAGUUCAAUCUAUUUUCAUCGCUGUUACUUGAUGUUUAAAGAAUCAGUUACACUUCGAUUGUAUAUUUGUGUACUCUUAAACCUUUGGCGGUUGUAAUACAUUUAAACAUUGCUAUCUAAUAAGUUCAAAUUAUUUUGAAAAAGCAAUGUGUAUAACUGAUGAAGUACUUGAAAUUACUAUCUUGACUCGUAUUACUAUUGUUAGUUUAAAAUAAAAAUAAGUCGAAUUUUUAGGUAUUUGAUUAUUCUGUUUUUUUAUUACUUUUUAAGAAAAAUGUACACUAUUGAUAAAUAAGGUAUUUGAAACUAAUGUAACCUGCAUUAUUACUACUCAAAAUACGUGUAAAUCGUAUUCUUGCAAAAUAUUUCAUAUAUUGAUUUAAUAAUUUUCGCAAUAUAGUACUACAGGUGAAUGUAACAACUGCCAGAGGGUUAAUAUUAUAAUAGUGUACAGGAUAGUCUAUGCAACUUAAACAAAUUAUAGUACUUUUCCGAUUGCAAUUAGAAAAAAAAUAUUAUAAAAGGAAAAUGAAUCCUUCAAACGGAAUAUACAUUUUCUGAACUAUAUUUUUUUGUAAGUAUAAUAAUGCAUAUGCAUUUAACAAUUGUAGCAUUUUUUACAUGGAAAUGUAUCUCAGGAAAAUAUUACAUGAUCCAUCGGUGGGUCACAAGAUAUGCGUUCAAAUGCCUCUCUAUUGGAUUCUGAACAUUUAGUUUAUCAUUUGUUUGUUUUCAAAAUAGAACCGAAUGGAGAGUUUGAAUUGUUUUGAUGGAGGCAUUUAUUAGUAUUUAUGUGUUAUAAAUACUCAAAUAUAUGAUAGUUUACAAGACUUUCUCGAAUUUAUAUGCAGUGUCAAUAAUAACAUUUGUAGUUGCUUCAUCAUCAUCAAUUGCAUAAUUGAAUUAAUGUUUAGAGUCCAUGUAUUUAUUACUUACACUUAUAUUUUCGAAUUUUUCAUACCAAUACCUUUAUUUGUUAAACCUAUGGCUAUGACUGAUUGAACUGAAUUGCAUUUCAAAAGAAUACAUCGAACGAUGCUUUGUACUCUAAGAUAUAAAUCUUUCUAAGAUUUUAAUCAUUACAUUGUGCAGAGAAUUUUUCGUAAGCAGAAAACAAGCCGAAGAAAUUCAUUCUGAGUUGAUCCGAAAGCUUAUGUAUCAGUAUAGCGCAACAAUUUUGAUCGUUAACGAAAGUACAUGAAUUGGUAUCAUGUUUUAACAUUAGAUCUAAACGGUCAAAAGAUAAUCGUAUCUAUUUAUCUUUUUUCUCUAACAUUUUUUUAAAUUGCAAUCAGAAAAAAAGUAUAUUUUGUUCCAGUUUCGUAGAGUACCCUACAUAUUCAGUAUAUCUGUUUCAAAUAUCUAGAUAUGAUUAUUUCUGUAGAUAUCAGAAAUGCAAAAAAAUGUUUCGGAUGAAAGUUUUAUAAUAUCGAAGGAAGCAUAUUACAAUGAUAAUUAUUUGUCCUUUCGAUAUCAUUGGAAUCCUAUAAAAGUUACGUUUAAGUUUUUAAAUCGAAUCUAACAUUCUUAUAUAUUUUUAUAUUUAAUAUCAAGACACUCUUUCGUAAACCUUUCUUGAGUUAUUAAUUGUCAAAGUUAACGUACUGACAAUGCGUUCACAUACCAACAUAUGUGCCUUUAAUUUUGAAAAUGGUCAAUGGAAACUUAUGUCAAGCAUUAAAAAUCAUAUUUUCCUAUAAGUUGCACACUCCAUUACACAGUCAUAAUAAAUUCUUAUCUUUCAAGAUUAAAUAUUUUCUGAAAUAUUUUAUUACAUAGUAUACAAAUAUUUUUUAAUCCAUUCAAACACGAACCUCUAAAUUUAUCUCGACACUAAAAAUGUAUGACUUAGUCCACUUUCAAAAUUAAUGGCACAUAUAUGCGCACUAGAUGUACAUACACUCUGAAUUAAUCCUUUUUAGAGUCAUCAGGAUAUACAAAUUGACCGAGCAAUCUCGUAUUGUACAUUAGGCAAUGCCAAAAAAUUUCCCGACAUUGACUUUAGAAGUUAAUAAUUCAAUAAAAGUUUACAAAAAGUUACAGGCGUAAGUAGUAAUUUAAGUAGUCUUCAAUAUCACUUAGAUUUUAAAAGGAUGUAUAAUAAAAAAUGUAGAGUUUCUUAAAAGUUUACUGUGAUUUUCAUAGUAUACUCCGGCGAUAUCUAAAAGUCAAACAAUUAUCAUUGUAAUAUGGUUCCUUCGAUGUUAUACACGUUUCAUCUAAAAUAUUUUUCGUAUUUCUAAAACCUAGAGAAAUAAUUACUUGUAGGUAAGUACUUAAAACAGACAUACUGUAUAUAUGUAUAUUAAGAAGAUAGUUACAAAUAUUUAUGUUGUAGCUCCAUUAAGGAAGUUGAAAUUUUAUAAUAUUAUUACUGAAAAUUCUUAAUAUGGAAGUAAGAUUUUUCAUGGUUACGCUAUUAUCCAUGUUUUAUCCUUUCUCACCAGCAAUUCCAGUGUGCAUUAUUAGAAGCGCAAGUACAAGUAUUGUAGCAACAUCUGCCACUCUUUAACAUUCGAAUAUUACAGCAUUUUAACGUUUAAAUCAUUUUGAGAUCUUAUAUUUUUUAUGCAUAGUAUUGUGCUGAAUUGCUAAAAUAAUAGUUCUUUGUAUGUAUAUAAGAGUCUUUUAAAAGUUGAAUGUUUACAUCGAGCAAUGGCGAAAGCUUGUUUAUUAUUGUAAACUGCAAAAUUAUUAUAGAAACAUAUUGUAAAAAUGAGCGAUAGAUGUUUAUUGUUUACGAUGACAAAAUGAAACUGUAUUUUCGUAACACUGUACAAUCAAAUUUUUCACAGCAUGGCAUAUAGUUGAGAAUCGGUAUUCCUGAUAAAAGUGUUACAAUGUAUUUCGUUUCGUGAUAGUAAUUGUAUAUAGUCAAUAGAGUUUAGAGCAAGGAAUGAGAGAAAAUGAAGUCUGCAGGAACAGAACAUUCAGAGAAUAAAUAUACUUUGAAAAAAUGUUAAUAUCCUAAAUCAAUUUGUUGUUCUAAUUUUGUUUCACUUUACAUAUUAUUUAAUGUGUCACUUUCAAUUUUGAAACAAAGUAUCACAUCAGGAUUUGCUAUAUUGCUUACAAAGAUCAUGUAAAUGUUUUAUUGCUACAAUGUUUAUGGAUCUAUUGUUACUCGUCAGUUCAUUAUAACCAGUACUGAUUUAGCGUUGCAUAGCCGAAGUUACUAUAACAAACAAUUCCUUGUGCCAUACAAUGAUAUUUUGUUAUUAAUAUUGUAGUCACUAUUGAUGGCUAAAAACUAAUACUAUCCUGUGGUUAAAAGCUAUUUAACGGUAAAUGUUUCAGAAAAAAUCAUUUUGUAAGCGUAUAGGCAUUAUGUAAAAGUUAUAUGAAAUCGUUAUUUACUCGUUCCCUUUAUUAGUGUAAUCCUGUAAAAAUGUAACUAUAUACAGAAAAAUGAAUAUCUGGAGAAUAAACAACCUCUUAGUUUCAUAACAAUUUUUAUUGGUGUUUAUGAGUGAUAAAUAUUAAUGUUACAGAAGAAAUCGCAAAUAUUUUGAUAUCCUCUUGCGAAUGUUGAAUGAAUGAUUGAUAAAAAUCAUUUAAAUGUAACAUACAUUAUCUAAAUAAUACGGCACAAGAAUACAAUAAUCUACUUUAUGUAUUGACUGUGUACUUUUCGAGCAAGCAUACUAUUUUUGAACGUACAUAUUUGCAUCUAUAUUUUUACAUUAUUUAUGAAUAAAUUCAGAAACGUUAAUUAGAAAUUUAAAUUAAUAUAAUGAACUUCAAAGUUAAUCCUAUUUCAUACUGAUUUUGUAGGUACAUUGUAUUACUUGUGCAAAAGAAAUGUAUGCUAAAGUAUCGUUUUGUUUUACAUUUUCAAUUUCUGUUUCAAAAACGCUAGUGGCUAGUCAUAACGUUAUUUAAUCUGCAAUAUUCAUAAAACAACGAUAUGUUCGUAUGAUGUAUGUCAUACAGAAACAUUUAUGAAUGUAUUACACAUGGAAAUACGAAAAUCGGCUUAGUUGUCCUUCGUUUGAAUAUACUUAAUCAAAUCAACUACACGAUUGGAAUAACCAUAUUCGUUGUCGUACCACGAAAUCAAUUUAACAAAGUUAUCGUUCAACGGUAUACCAGCUUUAGCAUCAAAAAUACUGGAGUGAUUAUCACCAAUGAAGUCAGAAGAGACUACAUCAUCCUCUGUAUAAGCAAGGAUUCCUUUCAUAGGACCUUCGGCAGCUUCCUUAACCUUAGCUUUAAUAGCAUCAUAAGUAGCGGGUUUUGCGAGUCUGACAGUCAAAUCAACGACAGACACAUUGUGUACUGGUACACGGAAAGCCAUACCAGUCAGCUUUCCAUUUAGAGCUGGAAUGACUUUGCCAACAGCUUUAGCUGCUCCAGUUGCAGCAGGAAUAAUGUUUUGUGCAGCACCACGACCA